AUGAUUUUUAUGAAACCACCGAGCGCAUUUAUUACAGAAAAUCAAGAUCUUAUCAUUCCAACUGAAUGGGAUGAGUUACAUCAUGAAAUUGAACUAGGCGUUGUUAUUGAUAAAAAAUGUAAGAAUAUUAGUUCGGAAGAAGGGUUAUCAAAUGUCGGUGGUUAUGUACUGGCAUUGGAUAUGACAGCGCGAAAAAUUCAAGAUGAACUGAAAAAACAAGCGCAUCCAUGGUUAUUAGCAAAAGGUUUCGAUUGUUCCUGUCCGAUUGGUGAAUUUAUACCGAAAGAAAAUCUUUCCAAAGUCGAUAAUAUCAAUUUAUGGCUAAAAGUAAAUGGACAAAUGAAACAGAACGGAAACACUAAAGAUAUGAUAUUUUCCGUAGGAAAUUUAAUUUCUUAUAUAUCAAAGUAUAUCACAUUAGAAUAUGGUGAUUUGAUUUUGACCGGUACACCAUCAGGCGUGGGACCAGUAAAACGUGGGGAUCAGAUUGAAGCCGGAUUGAAGUCCGAUGGUGUUGACUAUACAAUGAAAUUCAAUGUAAAAUCAUAG